AUGGCGACGCGCGUGGAGAUUGGCGCCCUGGCGUCCCUGCCCGGGGUGCCGGGCCUGGGCGAGAUCGCCAAGGAGGAGACCCUGCCGCGGACCUACUUCCGCCAGGACUCGGCGGGGGCGCCGGCCGCGCGGCUCCUGGACGGGAAGAGCCCGCUGGGGCGCCCGGCGCGCCUGCUCCCUCUGCCGAGACUCGCCCCCAAGCCCUUCUUCAAGGAGAAGGCGGGGGCCCCGCGGCCCGGCCCCGCCAGGCCUGCCCCUUCCUGCGGGCCGGACGCGGGGGCAAAGGCGCCGGGCGAGAGGAUGCCCAGCCUGGCGGGGCCGGGGGCGGGCGGCGGGGACGGCCUGCGGAGGACCGCGUCCCUGUUCGCCCCGCCCGCCCCCCUGCGGCCCGGCGCCGCUGCCCCCCGGCUGGUCCUGGAGGCCGCCAGCGCCCCGGGGACGGCGGGCAGUGAGGGCGCCCCGGGGGCUCCUGCGUCCCCCUCGGGGCCGCGGCCCGAAGUGGCCGCCAAGCCCGCCCUGCCCGCCCGAAAGCCGGGGGGGACCCUUCCCCGACCCGCCUCCCUGCCCCAGGACACAAGGCCGGCCGCCACCCGCGAGGAGCCGGGCCCCAGGGAGCCGGUGUCCAAGGCCAGCGGGGCGGGGGACACGGGCGGCCCCGGGGUGCAGCCCAGGCCUCGCCCCAAGAGGAGGCCGGUGUCGGCCAUUUUCACCGAGGCCAUUCAGCCUCAGAAGCCGGGCCCGGGCGGGGCGGCCGCGGGGGCCAAGGCCCCCCCCACACCCCCCGAGAAGACGUGGGUCAGGAGGCCCAGGCCACUGUCCAUGGACCUCACCGCCCCGUUUGAGAGCAGAGAGGCCUUGCUGAAGAAGGUGGCCGCCGAGGCCACCGCAGGUCCCGCUGUCCAGCGUCGGGGGCCCGACGGGUGCAGCCAGGAGCCCAGAGUGGAUGGGGAGUGUUUGGGCCCAGCAGAGGUCCCCCCUCGUGACCCCGAUUCAGACUUCCUGGAGGUGACCAAGAGGAUCCGAGAGCGGAAGGUGCUUUCUAGACAGGCGGAGCUGGGUGGCCUCAGAGCCGCAGGGGGCUCAGCCACGGCCAGGGCCACCUCCACCGACGACCCGAAGCUCGGGGAGGAGAAAGCCAAGCUGGCCGGGGAGCCAGAGAAGCCUCCCGAGUCCCCUUCGCCCCGUCCAGGGGGCAGAGGCCAAGAGCGUGCCGAGGUCAGGAGCAGAGCAUCGGAUGGGGAGACCCGGGCACAGUGGGCCUCCAGGGGCAGUGUCAAGAAGCGCCUCAGCCUGUUUGGGGAGGACAGCACCUUGGCAGUGGGGUGUGAACCCCCCCUCGCCUCCCCCAAGUCCCCAUCGGCUGCUCCAGAGCCUGAGAAAGCGGGGGUGAGCGUCCAGGAGCGGAUCAAAGGCUGGGCCACCGAGAGCCCCGAGGCCAAGCCGGAGGUCAGGAGGAAGGCGGUCCAGGCACGGCCACUGUCGGCGGAUCUGACCAAACUGUUUUCAAGUUCAGCCUCAAGCAACGAAGUCAAGUACGAGAGGUGCUUGGAGCUGAGCAGCGAGCUUGGGAAGGAACCGAGAGGAAAGCAAGAGGAAGGGCCUGGUUUGGACAGAGUGUCCGUUCCCAGAAGCCCCUGGAAGCCUGGGACGCUCCCGGAGAGGUCCAGGCAGGCACCGCAGAAGGACGGCUCCAGCCAAGUCCCCAGCCGCGGUCACAGCGCCAGCUCAGUGGGGGCCCUGAGCUCCCCCGACAGCACCCCGGAAGACGAUGGGAGCUUCCAGACCGUGAGGGCCACCGUGUUCGAGCAUCACGUGGAGAGACACACUGUGGCAGAGCUGUCGGGACGCUGUCCCCCAGCCACACCCCCCGCUGCUGUGACUCGGGUCUCGGAGCCCAGACCUCGGCCCGAGAGAGGCUCGUGGCUGGGGAAGGACCCUCCAGAAAAGAUGGUCCUCAGGAAAGAGAACUCCACGUGGUUUGAAAACCCCAACACAGAGAAAUUGGGACAGACGCUUCUCUUGAACGGUGACCCCAAACAGUAUCACACACCUCUCCCGGAAAAGUACCCCCUGGGCGACAAACGCAGUCAUAACCCCUUCCUUAAGUGCUUGGAGAGCCCUCCCCGGUCGCAGAGGGUUGAGCCCAAAUAUGCCAUCGUGCCCGCUGUCGGGGAGCGUGCGCACAGUGAGGCCAUCCCCACGGCGCCUGAGGGAAAGGCGGUGACGCUCCGGAGUGGCAGGUCCCGGCUCUCGCUGAAGGGGGGGCUGCUGUCCCCCGAGGUCACCGCUGCUGACCCGGAGUGCCGGCUGGACAGCCAGGCAGGGUCCGUGCAGAGGGCCAGUUUGAUUUGGGAGGCUCGAGGGACGCAGGAGGUCAGCGGGCCCCCCUCUGACUCUCGAGAGCCAAAGGGCACGUUCGGGGGCGAUUGCCCGUCGCCCCGGUGGAAAGGGGGGGCCUCCGGGAAUCGGCACAAGGCCCCUCUGGUGGGCAGUGACGAGAGGGGCUUCGAGGUGAGUCCUGAGGACACAGGCGAGCGCUUGGCCAGGCCCUGUGGCUCCGAGGCCACCUGCGUGCGGACUGUCCAGACUGCCAUCCGGGAAGCCCGGCACCAGGGGCCUGAAGGGGCCGGGAACAAGCCAGGAGCCUGCGUUUCAGCAGGAGAAAGGGGUCCUCUCCGGGCCAGCCCUCCGGACCCUCCUUCCGGGGCUCAGGAUGAGCCCUCUGACUUCCGAGCACGGCCGCACCCUGACGGGCCUGUGCAGAAAGGGCCCCUCGUGCUGGCUGCCGGCGAGGGCGACCGGAGGCAGGCCCAGGCACCUGAAGCCAGGAUGCGGAGGGUGAGCCCCACAGACCAGAGAUUCGAGAGGUGGAGGCGGCGGACUUUACCCUACGACGUGAAGUUUGACGAGUUCGGCUUCCCGGCCCCCGGAAGCUCUUCAGAGGCGGAGCAGAGACACUCAGAUGACCUGAGCCCCACCACAGGUGCCUUAAGGAAACCUCCGCCGUCCCAGAAAAGGGUGGUGGCCCAGGAGGGGGACCCGGGUGUUUCACGGGACCCAGCUCUUCCAGCCGUGAAGCCGGGGUCGUCUGUGGAACCCAAGGCGACAUUUUUUGCAGUGACAUAUCAGAUUCCUGAUACUCAAAAAGCAAAGAGUGUUGUCAAGUCAGGGCCCAAAACCUUGACAGAACAUUCUAAACAAACAGCUGCACCUCCAUCUCCUCAUCCUUUACCUUCUGCCUUGGCUUCUCCCAACCCUGAGAAGCCACGGGAGACCGUGGGCAGUCAGAACUGGGCUCAGGGCAGAGAGCGUGACCACAUGAGCUUUUCACAAACUCCAAAGCCAACCGACACUGCAUCGCCUCUUGGGGACAGGGUUCUAGAACUUUCUACUGAAAGAAUCAUCGAUGCCGACACCGUGUGUACCCACCAGCAACCAGAAGACGGCACCGGUUUUCAGAAUGACCGGAGGGACAGUGGGAACAAGACGUCCCCCAGUAGUGUGCCCCAAACGACCCCGGCUUUCAAAAGUCGCCCUAAAGCCGGGGACCUCCCCAUCAGAAGGAAGACGGAGGCGGUCAAUGAGACGGUCCCAGGUAAAAUCAAAGAUGGCUACAGAUCCAGCGUUCUUGACAUUGACGCCCUGAUGGCCGAGUACAGGAAGCAGGAGGCUCAGGAGCAGGUGGAGGGCCCACCUGCUGAGCCCAGUGGCCGGUCUCCGGAGAGGCCAGGACAGCCAGGCGGGGUGGAAUGGAGGAGGAGCCCGAAGGAAGGGCCUGAGGCUGAGGGGCUCGGGAAACGAGCCAGUUUUGCUGAAACCAACCACAGUUCUAGCCCUGGUUCUGGCAAGCAGCAGGCAGAGACCCCGGGGGCAGCCACGAACCCCAAGCUCAGCUCUCCUCUGUGGGCUCUGCCACACUCGCCUCCUGACAAACACGCCGGGGCCUCUUCUGGCCCUGGGGGUCCCGGGAAGACGGCCUCAGGAAUUGCCGACAAUGUAACAAAGGCCUUUGCUAGUCAGCAUCACGGUCCAAAGUGUCAGGAUUACCCAGCCACUUGGGAGGAGCCCAGCAGUGGAGCCAAUGUGUUGCCCAGCUUGUCCCCGGCUGACCACAAGAAAGAGACCCCGAGGAAAUCCUGUGGGAGGGCAGAGGAGGGCCAUGUGGCCCGGUGGGCUGACCACCCACAAUACUGUGGAAGGUCACCGCUGGAUGUCAAAAGGGCCUAUUCGGAGAAGGGCCCCCCUGCCAAGAUCCGAGAAGGGCUGGCCAUCAUGCAGGAAGCCAGAGAGAGGAGGCGAGAGCAGCCCAGAGGAAGGCCUCACCUCCUUGGGGAGAGUUCGGAGGCUAAGGAGACCAAAAUGGGAUCCUGUCGGCGGGACCCGGGGACUCGAGACAGUCAGAAGGUGCCAUCACGAGACCUGGGGAGGGAGGAUGCCCUCCAAGACGAUGCGUCGCCUCUCCGGCAGGUGUCCCCUGUGGCCUUGAGCCCCCGGAGAAGCCACAGCUUCUGCAAGGACAAGAGGAGCGGGGCCUUUGUGGAUCAGCUGAAACAGUGUUUCUCUAGGAGGCCCCCCGAGGCCAAGGACACCGACACCCUUGUGCAGGAAGCGGACAGCCAGUAUGGGACGUGGCGGGACCAGCACCAGAGCGGGGAGAGUGUGGCCCCUGAGUCCCCGUCCCCGGACAGCAGUGCGGCAUCGGCGCGGAAACAGCCCUCCAGCAGCCGCUUGUCCUCGCUGUCCUCGCCGACGGAGACCACCUCAGCCGGGGACCAGCAUGACUGCUCCAGGGACCAGCGGAGCACCAGCGUGGACCGCUCCAGCACUGACCUAGAAUCCACCGAUGGGACGGAGGGGCUGCCCCCGCCGGACACCUGCUCUGCAAGGAAAGCAGACGACUUCUCCUUCAUCGAUCAAACCACAGUCCUCGACUCAAGUGCCCUCAAGACCCGGGUGCAGCUCAGCAAGAGAAGCCGCCGCCGGCCUCCCAUCUCCCAUUGCCUCCGGCGCAGCCGGGUCAGCGAGUCGGAGAGCCGGUCUCCUCUGGAGGAGGAGGACAAUAGCAUGUGGAUGUUCAAGGACUCAACAGAAGAGAAGUCCCCCAGGGGAGAAGAGUCAGAUGAGGAGGAGAAGCGGACCGAGAGGACACCCGUCAGCCAUCCCCAGAGGAUGCCCGUGUUUCCAGGAGUAGACCCGGCCGUGCUGAAGGCUCAGCUGCACAAGAGGCCAGAGGCGGACAGUCCCAGCGAGACCCCCGGCUGGGCCCCCCAGCCCAAGACGCCCAAGUCCCCCUUCCAGCUGGGCAGUCGCGUGCUGCCCAGCAGCGUUGAGGACGAGAGAUCAGAAGAGCCCUCGCCCCAGUGGCUCAAGGAGCUGAAAUCUAAGAAGAGGCAAAGCCUGUAUGAGAAUCAAGCUUGACCAGACAGGGACGCGGCCACGUCGAAUGAACAGAAGCCUUAACUGUCAUAACCCCCAAGACAAGGCCACGCUGCUGCUGCUCCCUCCUGCACACGGUGACCGGCCUGGGCCCCUCCUGCACCUAGGGGUGCAGACCACUGUCCAGCACCCCCACCCCCCGCAGGCCCUCCCCAGAUCGGAUCGGGAUGGAAAGCCCCCCUCAAGCAUUUGCACGUCUCCCAGCCUGCACUUCGGGCUGGAAGAACCGGGCUGCCCAGAAACGUCCGUGCCGGCGGGUUCGGUUUCCUUCUGUACGGAUGUGCGUUUCUGCCCACUCGAGCAGCGAGCAGCGGCUCUGGGAACACGGCUGUCAGGUUGCACCGUCCCCCAGGUUCUGGGAAACACCUGAAUUGUGAAAGCACCUCCUCCCCCACCCAGGGCAGGUCUUUUCAAGAGGACUCUUCCAAGGAAGAAGGAACCAUCGUCCCCUGCUCGCGGCGCCCGAGGCAGUACCUCGCGGCGGGGUGUUGAUUACUUUUCUCGCCAGUCCAUCUCCCUCUGGAAGGAUCGGCAGUGGCGAUUUUUAAACAUCCCCACCCUUGGGUUUACCCUUCCCGUGGGGCUGUGUGCAUAGUUGACCUCUUUUAUUGUGUGUCAUUUUUGUUUGCUUUAGCGGGUGAUAAAGCAAUAAUUCAGCCAAUUCCCCUUGAAAAUGGAUAUGCAGAUAUGUUAAUGAACGGGAGGAGAGGCGUGACCGCUUUGCUGGAAUAUCUGGUCAUCUCAGGUUCUCUGAUCCCUGUCCAGGCUUUUUAAAAAUUCUAAUGGUCACCCUCGUCUAGACUUUCCUGGUCUCUUCAUCCUGGGCUCUGGUUGCAGUGGCGUGACCUUUGUCGCUUGGCCUCAGGGGCUCACGGACUGCAGCCCAAUGGCAGUGCCUUCCCCACUCGCAGCAGGACCACCCUGGGAGUCUUUUUCCCCAGAGCUGUUUGCAAACACGAGCUGAGCUGCAGGCUCGGGAGAGCCGGCCCCCGCGGGCCUCGGACGACUGCUCGGAGGGGGGACCCCUGUGUUCCCACCGCUUCCUCCUACAGCCCUGCUCUGGACCCCACCUGACCAAGGGCUCUUUUUCGGUUCAAAUGAAGGGAGGGAGGGUCUCGCUGAAAGCCCUUCUCUGGAGGAGAGCCCCCAGGCCAGGGACUCUGGACAGAGUGCUGGGUGCUGGGUGACGAAGCGUAGGUGCACCUCGCCUCUCCUCUUGCCGCCUCUGCUCUUCCUUCUCAGUGGAAACCCUCGGCACCAGCCUCCCCCACCCGCGAAGCCCAAGGCCCCAGCAAACAUCCCAGAAACGCCUGGCUGGCCACCUGGAGCUGCCAUAAACUAUGCCAAUCAUACCUGGGAAACGCCCGUUGGUGAGAGAGAUGCUGGGGCAGCCUGUGAUUGCGGAGGGGCCCUGGGGCUCAGUUUCCUCGUGAAUACAUGCACAGCACUGGCUAGAUACAGAAGUGGGGGGGCACAUGCAUGCCCUCCCAUGCAACUUCCCAAAAGAUGAAAAUCUUUCUUCAUAAAUCCAUUAUUUGCAAAUGAUGUCAAAACACCUUCCUUCUCCCUGGCUACCUCUCCAAGAGUCUCUGUCUGCCCAUCAUUCUGUUCCCAUCAUCUCCCCGUCACCACCGCUUUCCUUUCCCGGGUGGGCAGUCGGGUGGAGAGCAGUCUUUCUCCAGGUUAAGACACAUGCCUAUGCCCUGGAGAGUGGUUUGUUUCAGCACCACGGACAGGGGCUGUGCUGCCCUGGAGUCCUGAGGGCUGAGCUUUGGCUACUGACCGGUUGAUGGUCACCCAUCCUCGAGCGUCUGUGUCUGGAGGUUUGGCCUUGCUUGAUCAUAGUUGUAUCCUCUUCCUUCCCUAAGUGAUUGAUCAGUUCUCUGUGGAUUUAAUUCCUCCAGGAACUGCUUCGAUUGACUUGCAUUGUCCAUGUAGCAGUGUUGACACAGUGGCUUUUCAGGCCAGUGGGUCCCUUUAGGACACUGCUAGUGUCUUUGAACCCCGACUUCCUUUCCUGGCUGCUACUUCCUCUGUUUUCCUGACGGCUGGAGGGCCCUGGGUGCCUCUCAGGCAGUAGCAGAUGACCUGUUCUGCGCAGUGAGUACAUCGGUGCCAUGACACACAGCUCUCAGCUCUGAAUUAGUGUUUCAGCCCAAGUAUACCCACCAGGAAAGAAAGACACUUGACAGCGGGAUUGCCCUGGAGAUCUUUUGCCUAACCCCCCUUCCCCUCCCCACCUUGAUUGCAAAUAAAAGACCAGUUGAUUCCUUGAUGAUGAAGACAUGCAAAGUCUACCCCUUUAACCUGACCAGAGCAAGCCCCGAACAUCCUUCUCAACGUCUUUGGUUCCUGCAGCCUCCUCUCGCCCCACAGGGCAGAGUCACAGCGGGUCAGGCGCCACCUGCUCACGGCAGGCUUCCCGGCCUGGGGUCGGUGCGGCGAGGUCAGGAGGGACGGGCACUCCGAGCCUCGGCAGAUGGCUGGGCCAGGGGUUCUGUGCUUCUCCUCUUUCUAAGUCGGGUGAGCUCUGUGGGGCACAGCAGGGGUUUGUAUGCGAGUUUCUCGAGUUAGCCUGCGGUCAUCUUUGGAAACCUGUCUUCUUUUAGACUAACUGAAUAUGCCUUAACCAUCUGUGCAGUCCAGUCACCAUCGUCCUCUGGGCCUGUGGCUCUCCUUUCCUGAAAGUCUUGCACAGAAAGCAAAGUGCUAUGAUGUACCGCCCCC